AAAGUUACAAACUUUGAAGAGAUGUCUUCUGAAGAAAUGGUGAGCGUUGGGGGAAGUGAGGAAGUGAGGGCGUUAGAAUAUGGUGACGUGAGUAUGACCAGUGAGUCGUUUGGCUCGGAGGGGACGGAGGAGGGGGUGGGAAGAGGUGAGGUAGUUGGGGUAGAGGGAGAUAGGGUACCCAUUACUGUAGUAGAAGUGGAGGGUAUGAGGGAAAGGUGUUAUGAUAUAGAUGCAGAUAUUGUAUCUGAGGUGAAGCAGUAUGAGUCUGAGCUCGAGACCAGGGAUAGCCUCUAUUAUUUUGUUGAAAGUUAUGAAAUUUCUUCCCGAGUUCUGAUUAGGCCUGCUGGGGUUGAGGAGAGGGCCUGUUCUGCACCUCGGGAUCAUUGGAUGCCCGUGUAUGCCCAUUAUUUGGCAGCUGGGCUUAGGUUUCCAAUUCCUGAGUUGUUAGUGGGGGGUAGUAGAAAGGACAAGGGGUGGUAUUAUUUCACCCCUAGAGUGUCAAAUAGAGAGAGUAGGAGCUUAUUUACAGCGGGUCCUUCAUCCAUUAAAGGAUGGAAGGAAAAAUUUUUCUUUGUAGAUGACAUUGAGUGGGAGAGGGGGGAUGCUGAGGUAGAAUUGUUGUCAUCUUGGAAGGCUAAGAAAGCCAAUCAAAAUAAGUAUAGUUUAAAUGAGAAUGAGGAAGAAGAGGUGGGGAAGCUGGUGAGGGAGGGGGCUAAGUUAGCUAAUAUAAUGUGCCUCACCAACGCAGAAUGUAUAGAGGCUGCUGAGCUCUAUGGGCCAAGCGCUUUGAGUGAAGGGGGUGGCUAUUCCAAAGAAGCCGAGGAAGAAGUCAAAGACUUCAACCAAGGAAGUGGGGGAGGGAGGAGCUGGGAAGGAAGGAAGAAAAAGGUGGUGGAGGAAGAGGUUAGGGGGAGCGAGGUUCUACAGUUCGUACCUCGGCCUCCUCUUGUUGAGCUCGAUCCUGAGCUCAGGGAGUCUGAGGUUGAGGGGGCUGAGGCGAAGAACGCGACGAGGGCAAGGAGGUCUAUUAAUGCAACCUUCCCCGAAGUGGACAAGUGUAAAGUAAGGGACGAAGCUCUGAGAUAUUGUGGGGCAACUGUGAUGAAGCAUGCCCUGGAGAAGGAAAAGGAAGAGCUAGAAAAGAAAAAUAAAGACAUGCAAGAAACGCUGGACGAGGUGGUACCAGCAAUGAAGCAGCUUGAGCAAAAGAGGGAUUCCCUGAGUACCAAGCUCGUCUUUGAGGAGAAAAAAUGGAAAAUCUCUGAAAGCAAGAGUGAGGCUCAGAAGAAGGAAAUAAAAGCAAUGAAGGAAGCUGUGGUGGAACUGAAGAAGAAUGUGCAACUGCUGGUACACAACGAGAUGGAGGAACAUAUCAGCAACUUUGUCAACUCCAGCUCAUUUGACAACAUCGUCAACCUCUACCGGCUGCUCACUGCUAUUCUUGCCUUCACUGACUGUAGAAAGAAGGUGAAAGCUGAAUAUCCCAAAGUGGAUAUUACGAAGAUCACCUUCUGCGAACAAGAGGAAGGAGUGGAGGAAAACGGUGAGAGCAUGUCAGCAGACUUCUGUCCUCAAAUUCAGUUGAGGUGGGAUCAUGAUGCAGAAGGACGUACCGUUUUCCAUCCAAAUUUUGACUUCGAGUUCGUGGCAGUGGAGGAAGAAGAGACAGAGGUAAAGGAAACUGAAGUAGGAGCAGGGGCGGGAGGAGCUGAAGUGGAUGAAAGUUAGCCACCUCUGCAAGUGGAAGUCCAUCCAGUUCCUUCUGAUGAUGAGUAGCCACCUCUUUAGCCGAGCAACAGCCAACUCAGCCACCUCCUCCAGCAGAGGAAUAAAGAAUUUCUAUUUUU